ACCAAGCGGAUACUGGAUCCCAACCCAAACCCAAGAGUUCAACUACAAAGAAAGUCAUGGAGAAGGUGUUCCUAAGGUUGAAGGAGAUGAUCUCGGAUUUGAAUAGUUUAUCAAAAUAAAAAGAAAAAUUGAAUGAUCAACAUCCCGAGCUAGCGUGUAAUAUUUUGCUUUCACUACUCAGACUUUCAAAUAUAAAAUAAACCAAAACUAUUUUUUGUCAAUUUGAAUUUAAUGCAUUUGCUACAUGCAGAGCUGAUUUUUUGUUUCUUUAUCUUUUUCAGUGACAACUUAGUUAAAUUCCAUUUCUGCUUCCUUUUUUUCAAUUAAAAAUUAAGUUAGGUCAUGUUUUUUUCUAAUUUUAGUAAUUCUCACCAUCUAAGCUAAAAUGGUGUCGUGCAUAUAUAGUCAAAUAUUGAAGGUAGAUUUAUUACGAUGUAUCAUACAAAUAGAGAGAAAUAAAUUAUAAGAUAUGUA